AUGGUCGCCAUCACCAUCAGAAACAUCGCAUGUCUCUUGGGAGUCGCUUCCCUCGGUGCCUCCGUGGCCGUCGAUACUACCAAAGUUGACGUGGACGCAACAGCCUGGAAGAUGACAGAAUUCUGCGUCGACUACUAUACAGUUGGCUUUGGAGAUACUUGCUGGGACAUCAUCUCACGCAACCAGAACAAAUUCACCAUGAGACAACUCUUGUGCUGGAACACCGAUAUUAACCCCUGGUGCUCCAACCUCAUUCCCGGACGGCAGGUCUGCGUUGGAGUUGAUCGUCCUGGCCCUGUCUGCUAG